AUGGCGUGCAAACCGCCAAUUUACAAUGGGGAGGUUGACUCGAUAAUAUGCCAACGGUGGCUAAGUGAUAUGGAGGGAGUAUUCGAAAGGACCCAUUGCGAUACGGAUGACUACGUAGCUUAUGGCACGGGUCAGUUAAGGGGUCAGGCGAAAGAUUGGUGGGAUAACAAGAAGAAAGAGAUCGGAAGUGAAGCGGCUAAGGCUAUGACAUGGGACGAGUUUAAGACGCCAUUUCUUAAACAUCAUAGUCCCAAGGUAGUCAUUAACAAAAUCAAGGAAGAAUUCAUGCAGCUUCGACACAAGGGUGAAUCCAUCGAUAAGAUCACAGGAACAUUCAUGGAUAAAAUGAAGGAGUUUAUGACUCCUUCAAAGUAUGAGACUCUCACCGAGAUUAUAAACGUUGCUCGGGAACGGGAGAUAGAGUUGAAAAAACAGAUUGAAAGAGGCGAAAGAAGGGCGCAGGUAGUCAAUCCAAGCCCGACAAAAAACGCGCGCACAACAGAAUCCUCAAAGAAACAAGAAGGGAAAGGCGGGUCAUCAAACUGCAAGAUAUGCGGGAAAGGGCACAAAGGUGAGUGCCGGUUUAAGGACAAACCGUAUCCUAUCUGUGGGAAAACAGGGCACACUGCUGCGUUGUGCCCGGGGAAAGUAUCAGUAUGUUAUAAAUGUUAUCAGCCGGGUCACAAGAAGUCUGAGUGCCCGGAGUUGACUGGAAAGAAGGAAGGCAAUGAUACGUCUACUGAGACACCAAGAGCAAAAGCCAGAUCUUUCCAAUUAACCGCAGCAAAGGCAAAAAGGGAACCUGAUGUGGUUUCAGGCAAGGAAUCCGGAACGUCAAGCAGACACGCCAGAGGGGAUACGCGUGGAAAAAGGUGUGCUUUAAAGUGGCGAAGUUCACUCGACCAUCAAACGGGUCAAAUAAAGGUUUGGAAUUGGGUUUGGCCUGUUAAUAAAGUGAUGGUUUUCACGAUGUAG